CUUCUGGAUGUAGACGUGCUGCCGACCUUCGAAGAGACAGCCUCGAUCAGCCGCGCAUAAAAAGUCGCACGCGCGGUUUUGAAGAUGUCAAGGGGCACAGUACGCGAUACACCACCCCGUACUCCCUGUUCUUUUCUAUUGUCUGCAUUGAAGAGCAUGCCGCCGCGCUUUUGCAUCCACCAUCUCUUUCUCAUUCUGCUUCAUUCGGUAUUUGUCUUCGCAGAGACGCGGACAAUUGACGAUACAUUCGGCGACUCUGUGACAGGAGAGAUACCAAAUUACAGCAGCUCUGACUGUUGGAGCCAGGGGCCAGACUGCUCAGGGUGUUUCCUCCAGCCUGACGCAUCAAAAGCCUACAAUGGGACUUGGCACGAUACAUCCUCGAAUACGUGCAGUGGCAAUGAUGCCAAUGAUCCUUUCAAGGCAGGCCACGGUGUCACAUUCACCUUCGUUGGGACCUCGCUUGCCGUGUUCGUUAUCAUGGUGUCGCAAGGACCGACAACGUGGCCGACCAACCUGAGCUUCAGUCUUGACGGCGAAACAAGCUACGCGGCUUUUCCCAUAAACCUCAACGGAGACUCAUACGAGUUUGACUACCAUGUACCCGUCUUUGACAACUCCUUGUUGAAUAACUCGUUGCACACAUUCACCAUGGCGGCGCAGCAAGGAACCUCGGGAUCAACUCUGCUAUUCGACUAUGCUACGUACAACUUUGACAGCGAGCAGAGCACUUCCUCGAAAACCGGCUCGGAUCAAACGAGCACUACGAGCGAGAGUUUGAGCACCUCGUCUUCCACCAGCGCAACCGGUACAGGUACUUCAAGCUUAAAUUUGAGUCACCACAAUGCGCCCGCUGGCGCCAUCGCCGGGGGGUAAUCGGCGGGGUCAUCUUGAUUGUGCUCUGUGCAUGUCU